AUGACGAUGCGCCCAGAAGUAUCGGUUUACAACGUCGCUGACGGGCGCCGUUCCGCGGCCACCGUCAUGCCCAAGGUUUUCUCUGCGCCGCUCAGGCUUGACCUCGUGAGGUCGGUACAUACGAACAUGUCGAAGAACAAGAGGCAAGCCUACGCCGUCAGCAAGAUGUCUGGAUACCAGACGUCUGCCAGGAGUUGGGGAACAGGUCGCGCCAUGGCCCGUGUGCCCCGCGUAAAGGGUGGUGGUACCCACCGCGCUGGACAAGCCGCCUACGCCAACUUCUGUAAGGCUGGUGGCAUGUACGCCCCCACCCGCGUCUGGAGGAGGUGGCACCGCAAGGUCAACCUCAAGGAAAAGAGGCAGGCAGUUGCGGCAGCCAUCGCUGCGACCGCUGUCGUACCCAUCGUCAUGUCCAGGGGACACCGCAUCGAAGCGCUACGUGAGGUGCCGAUGGUGGUGGACGACUCCAUUGAGCAGCUGAACAAGACCAAGGAUGCCGUAAAGUUCCUGGAGACCAUCGGCCUUGCUGCUGAAUUGGAGAGGGUUAGCAAGGUCAGGGGACACGCCAGGGAUGGCCGCAAGAAGAGGCCCGUAGGACCUCUUAUUAUUCUCAGGGCCUCUGCCGUAGAAGGCAGGAGGGCGUUCAGGAACAUUCCUGGUGUGGAGGUCGCUUCCGUCGAGAGGCUCAACCUCCUCAAGCUUGCGCCCGCUGGAACUCUUGGCAGGCUCUGCAUUUGGAGCAAGUCUGCCUUCGAGGCCGUCGACGAGUACGUCAAGCUUAUGCCGACCAGACUCCUCAAGAACGCCGACAUGUGCGCACUUGUUAACUCUACACCUGUGCAACGCGUGUUCAGGGCGCCCAGGAAGAGCAUGCCAAGAGUCGUGAUCAAGCGCGGGUGCUCCACGAAGGUCAUCAAGUUCGUGCGUGAAUCGCUGCGCGCAAGCGGACUUGCGGGUGUCAAAACUACGGCUACCAAGACCAAGGAGGAAAUUAAGCGCUGCAAGGCGAACUCUAAGGCUUUCAUUAGCGCUAUCAGGGAGGCCAUCUCGACCAAGUCCCUUAACGUUAGCGACGAAGUCCAGGCGCUCCAGCAGCAGUAA